AUGGCACCCAAUAGAAGUUGGAUGUCACGAAGGCAAGAUUGCACUGGUCAUCUAAGCGAGGAAUUUAAGAAAGGUGUUGUGGAAUUCAUUGAUUUUGUAGAAAGAAACCCAACAGUCAUUGAUAGUUUAGGUUGCAUUCUUUGUCCAUGCACAAAAUGUAAGAACAGACUUAGGGAUGAAAUAUUUUGGGUUGAAAAGCAUUUGUGUGAUCGUGGGUUUAUGGAGGGUUAUAUAAACUGGACUGCUCAUGGUGAGGAAAGAUGGGUUGAACAGGACGCAACAAAUGUUACCCAAGAACAUGAAGAGGAGAAUACAAAUCCAUAUGUAGACAUGGUUAUUGAUGCUGCAGGUGAUAACUUAAACAUAGUGGAAGGAUUAGAAGAGGAUCCAAAUCCAUCCGCGUCGAAGUUUUAUAAGUUGCUGAGGAGUGCUGAUGAACCUUUGUGGGAUGGCUGCACCAAGCAUACAAUAUUGUCAGCUGUAACCCAGCUAGUUUACUUGAAGUCAGAAUUCAACAUGAGUGAGAGCUGUUAUAAUCGAAUGGUUGCCAUAAUCAAGAGCAUGCUCCCAGAAUCAGAGAAGUUGCCAGAAGAUUUCUACCGGUCAAAGAAAAUGAUUCAAGAAUUGGGAUUAAGAUAUGAGAAAAUUGAUGCUUGUCCUAAUCACUACAUGCUAUAUUAUAGAGAAACAAGUGACAAGAUUAGUUAUGUAGCCUGCACAACGUGUGGACAUCCACGAUUUAAGCCAAAGGGAAGGGAUACAGCUAAUAGUAGUAGGGAUGUGCCAUACUCAAUAUUGAGAUAUUUUCCUAUUACUCCAAGGCUUCAACGUUUGUUUAUGUCUAAAACUACUGCGCAAUAUAUGAAGUGGCAUGUGGAUGGAGUACGCCAAGAUGAAUCGGUGAUCACACAUCCGGCUGAUGCUGAUGCUUGGAAACAAUUUGAUGCCACCCAUAAAAUAUUUGCCCAAGAGUCUAGAAAUGUUAGGCUUGGACUUUGCACUGAUGGUUUUAAUCCAUUUUCUGGCUCGAAGACUCCAUACUCAUGUUGGCCUGUGUUUGUCACACCUUACAAUCUUCCUCCAAGUAUGUGCAUGAGAAGAGAGUACAUAUUCCUCAGUCUUUUGAUCCCUGGACCGAAGUCUCCAGGAAAAAAAUUAGAUGUUUAUCUUAGACCACUGAUUGAUGAGUUAAAGGUUUUGUGGGACAAUGGUGUUACUACUUAUGAUGCAUGGGAAAAGAAAAAUUUUAACAUGAAGGCAGCAUUAUUGUGGACUAUAAGCGAUUUUCCGGCUUAUGGAAUGUUGUCUGGUUGGAGCACACACGGUCGUCUUUCUUGUCCGAUUUGCAUGAAGAACACUAAAUCAUUUCGACUACAACACGGCGCUAAACCCUGUUGGUUUGAUUGUCAUCGACAGUACUUGCCUCCUGGUCAUGCAUUUCGUCGUGAUCGGUACUCUUUUAAAAAGUCAAUGGUGGAAAACACUUUUCCACCGAAACGAAUGAGUGGAGUUGAAAUAUUAAAUGAGCUGGACAAACUCGAAGAAGCUAACUUAGGGGCUAAUCCGAGAGGAAAAAAGGGUGACUUUGGUACCAUUCAUAAUUGGGUGAGAAAAAGCAUAUUUUGGGAGUUGCCUUAUUGGUCAACUAAUUUGAUAAGACACAAUUUAGACAUUAUGCACAUAGAAAAAAAUGUUUUUGACAACAUCUUUAACACUGUUAUGGACGUAAAGGGCAAGACAAAAGACAAUGCAAAUGCAAGAGAAGAUUUGAAGAUAAUAUGCAAGCGCCCUAACUUGGAGUUGGUAUUUGAGAAUGGAAAGUGCAAAAAACCAAAAGCAACAUAUGUCUUAGAUUCUCAACAAAGGAGGACAGUAUGUGAGUGGAUAAAGCAAUUAAAAUUUCCUGAUGGUUAUGCAUCAAAUAUUUCACGAUGUAUUAAUCUAGCGGAUGGGAAGAUAUACGGAAUGAAGAGUCACGACAGCCAUGUUUUCAUGGAAAGACUGAUUCCAUUGGCCUUUCGAGACGUGUUGCCAAAAUCCAUAUGGGGAGUGCUAACAGAGCUCAGCUUGUUCUUUAAACAAAUUUGUGCUACUGAAAUACGCCCUGAUGCUGUGGAGAAGGUAGAGAUUUCCAUUAUUGAAACGGUUUGUAAGCUGGAAAAAAUUUUUCCGCCAGCUUUCUUUGAUGUGAUGGAGCAUUUAGUUAUCCACAUCCCCUAUGAAGCUAAGGUUGGAGGACCUGUGCAGUAUCGAUGGAUGUAUCCAUUUGAAAGGUGUAUGCUAUACUUAAAACGAAAAGUACGAAAUAAGGCAAGAGUUGAAGGAUCUAUUUGCGAAGCAUAUAUUUUGGAAGAAAUUUCAAAUUUUACUUCUAUGUAUUUUGAGUCAACAGUACACACAAGGCGGACUCAAGUUCCUAGGAACGAUGAUGGUGGUUCAAAUAUGGAUGAAAAUCACUUGUCUAUUUUUAGAUACCCAUGCCUUUCCAUCGGGCGAGGUUCAAAGAAAUACUUAACUGAUGACGAGCUUCAUAUCGCCCAUACAUACAUUCUUGUCAACUGCGAAGAAAUAGAACCUUAUCUCCAACAAUUUGAGAAUUCACUAAAAGAAUUACAUCCAAAUAUUUCCGAAGAUGAAAUAUUAAAUGCCCGCGAUAAGGACUUCAGUAGAUGGAUAAAGAAUCAAGUAGAUAUAGGUCACAUUGAAAGUAGAAUGAUUCAACAGAUAGCUCAUGGUCCUUCCAAGUUUGUCUCUUCGUACAAUGGCUUAAAGGUUAAUGGAUAUAGAUUUCAUACUAAGGAUCACGACAAAAAUAGAGCUACCAUGAAUAGUGGGGUAUGUUUUAAGGGAAAUAUUUAUGGGGAAAAUGACUUAGACUACUACGACAUUCUUGAGGAGAUAUUGGAACUGUCAUACUUAGGCUAUGGAAAUACUGUAUUUAUCUUUCGAUGCUGCUGGUUUGACCCAAUUAAUGGAGUAAAAGUUGAUGAGAGAUAUGGGUUAGUGGACAUAAAGUAUAAAUCAAGACUACAAUCAAACGAGCCGUUUGUUUUGGCUGAACAAGCACAACAGGAUGAAGUUAUUGCAUUGUUUGAUGCAAAUGCUCCAAUGGAAGAAGUAAACGUAGAAGAUAUAAAUUGCCCAAUGGACACUUUGUUCAAUGAUGAGUUCAUCAACGAUAACGAAGAAUUUGAUAGUGAAGAUAGUGAAAGUGCUAGUUCCGAACCUGAGAAUGAAGACUAUGUGAUGUAG